AUUUUAGUCCCUGGACCUAUUUACUUGCGCAUGGCCCGCCGUUAUUUAUUUUUAAACUGUGGACAUGUCCAAUACUGUCAUGUCAGGUGGCCACAUCGAUAAACAAAUGUCUGACCUGGAGGAAACGAGGAGGAAUCUUUGCGAUCAGUUUGCCUUCGUCUCUGGAUCGGAUAGUGCUGUGGCUCAGUGUUAUCUAGCGGAAAAUGACUGGGACAUGGAGAGAGCGCUGAACUCUUUCUUUGAGGCUCAUAUGGAUUCCGAAUUUGAUGUUCAGGAUGCCGAGGAAACAAAAAAUGAGUCUGGGACAAAAAGAAAGAAAUUGGAUUCUCCUGCCACAGCUGAUACAUCAGGAACAAAGAAAUUGAAGUCUGGCAAAGUGAAUUGUAUUGACUUAACUGCAGAUGAACCGUCCUGUUCCAGAAAUGUGAACUCAAAGGAAAGUCAAGCUGAAAGUAACAGCGGAUCCCAAUCUGAUGAUGGAGAUAGCAAGUUGUCUGUCAUCAGCUGGAAUGUAGACGGUCUGGACACAUUAAAUCUUGCAGAGCGUGCCAGAGGCUUGUGCUCAUAUCUAGCUCUCUAUACCCCAGAUGUUGUUUUUCUUCAAGAACUCAUUCCAGCCUAUAUUCAAUAUCUUAAGAAACGUGCUGUCAGCUACUUGUUUGUAGAGGGGAGUGAUGAUGGAUACUUCACAGGGAUAAUGCUGAAGAAAUCAAGAGUAAAACUUUUGGAAAGUGAGAUCAUUUCUUAUCCUACAACACAGAUGAUGAGGAAUCUGAUAGUUGCUAAGGUCACCUUCUUGGGUCAGAAGCUAUACUUGAUGACAUCACACCUGGAAAGCUGUAAGAACCAAUCAGAGGAGAGAAUGAAACAGCUGCGGGUUGUGCUUCAAAAGAUAAGAGACGCACCAGAUGAUGUCACUGUCCUUUUUGGCGGAGACACCAAUCUCAGAGACAGCGAGGUGGUAAAGGUUGGAGGUUUGCCUCAAGGUGUGUGUGACUUGUGGGAACAGCUGGGCAAACAGGAACACUGCAGAUACACCUGGGACACAAAAGCAAACAGCAAUAAGACCCUGCCUUACGUCAGCAGAUGCCGCUUCGACCGCAUCUACCUUAGGUCUGCUAAAACCGGGCCCAAAUUUAUUCCUGACCACAUGGUCCUGGUUGGAAUGGAAAAACUGGACUGUAGCCGUUACACAAGCGAUCACUGGGGGAUUUACUGCACUUUCAAUACGUGAUUUCUGUUUACUAAAGAGCACAUGAGCCACUAACAGACCUUUAGGAAUGAACAAAAUUAUGAGUUCCUACAUAAUUUCAUUUGUUAGGAAAUGUAGGUGGGUAUAAAGCAGACGAUUUAAUUGUGUGUUUUUUUUCUUUAUACACCAGGAAUUGCUCACUACAGUGGUUUAUUAUGUAUCUGUAUCCCAUGAUUUUAGUCAAUCUUGUACUCCCAUAUACUCUGUGUCCUAAAUGUAAUACGAGUUCUCGUUUUGCCUUAUUUUUUGGUGUUUUAAAAUUUUGAAAGUGUUAUCUUUAUUUCAUUAAAUAAGAACUUAUACAUUUCACCACAAGUGAUCAGUAUUUGUCAACCUUCAUGGACCAACAGUAUUGGUGUACAGUAUUACUUGCUAAAACUACAAAUUGUCAUGUACGUACACACACACACACA